UUGGCAGUUUGUUUACAUUGUCUAGGGGACAAUGGCUGCCAAGUGGCUCAAUAGUGUAGAUGUCGAUUUUGGGGUUCAAUUCCCGAGAUUGAGUAUGCGUGCGGUACAUGGGUUCGUGCGUAGUUUGAAGGUUGAGCCACAGGAUCUCUUAGGCCUAGUUGCUGCAUACACCUCAAAUUUUUUGUCCCAACACAGUGGUAUCGUCAGGACGGAAUUGGAAGGGAAAGAAGUUAAUGUAGUCAUCAGGGACAGUAAUAUUCCGGAGAAAUUUGUCAGAAUUGCAGGGAUUCCACAGAAUCUAGACUUGGGAGUAGUAAAGACACGUCUGAAGGAAUUUGGAACCAUAAUUGAUGCUCGUUGGGAACGCUAUCGGGUGGCAGAGGAUGACGUUUUAUACCCUGUCCUUGCCACUUGGAUGAUAGUACGAAUGACGUUGACUAAGAAUAUUCCCUCAUACAUUACUAUUGGCAGCUAUCGUGCCAUGGUAAAGUAUGAGGGACAAAAACCUACUUGCAGACUGUGUGACGACGAAACCCAUUUUUGCUACAACUGCCCAACUUUGAGACGUAAUAAGGAACCUAUCAUUGUCCAAAAGCCCAGUAAUAAAAUGACUAAAAAGACAGAGACAGUCCCGGAAAAACCCGUCACUCUACCCUUAGAUGUAGACCCCAUGGUUUCUAAGGCCCUUCUUGAGUGUGGAUUACAAAACGACCCACCACGACAGACUCCGCCCGCUCAAAUGAUAAUCCCUGAAACACAACCUGAUGACUCGGAACCUAUGACAAUUUCCAUGGAACCAGUGGAACCCAAUUUGGGGGAAGUUGAGUCCAUGGAAACUGACAAAACAAGUGACCACCUGAAAGUUCCCACUGUACCACAAAGCAAACGUUUCAAACCAACAUUGACACCCCAGAAUUCUAGACCAACCUUGUCCACUUCUCAACCCAAGAAACCAUUUAAAUGA